UUUUUUUUUCUUUUUGUAAUUCAAUUGUGUGACUGUGAGAGUGCAUGAGUGAUGUUAAAUAAAUUUUUUUUACUUUAAAAGUUUAUGCCAGUUUGUGUGAGUGUGUAUGUGUCUCUUUGAAAAUUCGCUGAUUUAGCCUUUGGCUGUUUGGCUCAUUUGCUUUUUCUCUCCUCGUGGCUUUUCUCAGACACCCACAAAAAUUUACCAGUAAAGCUUUUGAUCUUUCCUAUGAUUUUGCUCUUUCUUUUUGGUCUUUAUUCGAAGCUUUUCUUUUUCUAUUCAAGCGUAACUAAACACCCACGAUAACACAUAUAUAAUUUCUCAUAUUUUUUUUUUCCAACUAGCCUCUAGCCAAUUUUUUUACAAGAAAAAAAAAUUCAAUUAUUUUCACUCUAUCAAACAAAAAUAAAAAAAAAUCUUUUAUUUCGAUUUAUGUAUCUUUAAAUUUUCUCUCAAUUUUAAAAUAAUAAUAAUAAUAUAAGUAAAUGAAAAUUAAAUUUAAUAUAUAUUUAGUAAUGAAAAAAAAAUAAUUUUUUUUAUAUAAAACAAGAGAACAAUUUGCGGUGUAGCAUUUUCUUUUACCUCAAAAAAAACAAGUGUAAUAAAAUUUAAUAAUAAUUAUACACUUGUAAAAUUAAAUAAAAAAUAAAUUUUCACGCUGAUUAAUUCUUAUAAUAAAUAUUUAAAGACUUUUUUUUUCUAUUUUUUUUUUGAAUAGAGAAUAAAGAGAUGUAUUUUUAAUUUUUUAAAUGAAUUUUCGUCGUCAAUAUGUUAGCAGUUUAUUGAGUCGAUACGUUUGGUCCAGUCAUAGUAUUAUUAUUGCUGCAGACAUUCAACAGGUACACACAAACGUUGAGAGUUUAAAUCCACCUAUUUCCCUUUACCUUAUACCCAUCAUCCGUUGAGCUCUUUUUCUCAUCUCUUCUUGUUCAUCUACUUUCAUUCGUCUCGUCUUUAAUACUUGACUCUGGUCGAGAAUGUUUUUUUCUUUUUUUUUUACAAAACCAAUUUUUUCUUUUUUUUUCUGUCUUCUCUCUCUUGCUCAAGCUCACCCUUUUAUUAUCAUUAUCUUUAUCUUAAAUAUUUUGCUUUUUUUAUCAUCAUCUUCUUGUUCGUAUCUUUUUCUUUUUUUGAUUUCCCCUCUACUAAAAUUUUGCUCUUUGAUAGUGCGCCGUGGCCAACUUGCGCCGGUAAAACACCGCGUUUUUGGUGCAUCGAAUUCGCCGGUAAAAAUUUUGUGCUCUUUCUCUUUUCUCUCUCUUGAAGUUAAUAUAUCUAUAUAUAUUAUGUUCUCAUCGCACUCGAGUAUUAUCUCUCACUUGUAUACCUUCAUUUUAUAUAUGCGCCAGUCGAGUCGGCGCGACGCUUUGCUUCCUAGCUCACAGUGUAAUUUAACUCUGAUCCAUUCAGUUCAACGCCGGUCGUCGUCGUCGGUGGUGACACCGUUAUUAAAUUUUUAUAUCAUUGUUUAUAAAUCAUCAAAUAAAUUUGUGAUUAUUUGUGAAAUUAUUCAUUUAUUUAAUAAUUUAAUCUUUUUUUAUUUUAUUUUAUUUUAUUCCUUUCUUUUUCUUUUCAUUUUCAAGUGAUUAAGAUUUUUUUUUUUUCAAUUCUAAAAUUUGCUUUUAAAAAUUAUUUUUUUUGGUGCUUUUGUUGUUUCGAUUAUCAAAGUGGAUAUUUAUUUGUUUCGAGUGUGUUGGUGAAUUGGUGGUUUAAACUUUCUGUACACGAGUUGUGUGAUAAGCAACCCAGCAACGAGAAUCAAAGGGUGUCAUCAUGACCGAAGGAGGGAUGAACGUUAGUGACCUGAUGACGAAAAAUACACGUCGAAAUUGGCGUAAAUUAUUUGCAGGUGGAUUAAUUGCCCUUGUUGUGCUAUUACUGCUGAUAGCAACAUUAUUUUUAUUAAAACUUAAUCCGGAUGAAGGAAAUUCACAAACAACUACCACAUCUAGUAUAACUUUGGAUGAGUGGCUUUGGGGUUCAUUGUCCACUAAAAACUUCAAUGGAACCUGGAUAAAUGAUGAUGAAAUUUUGUACCGUGAUGAGAGUGAUAAUUUGAUGAUAUACAAUAUUGAAAAUGAUGUGUCAAAAGUUUUAUUACCAAUGACAAAUCCGGCACUCAGUUCAAGUUUUGACUAUGUAUUAUCACCGGAUAAAAAGUACCUAUUGCUAGCAUCAAAUUAUCAAAAGUUCUAUCGACACACCUAUCUUGCCCAGUAUAAAAUUGUUAAUUUGGCAACAUUCAAUGAAACAUCAUUAUCCGUGGGUAAUUCAACGACUCCUGCGACUCUUCAACUUGCAACAUGGGCACCUAAAGGCAAUGGGCUGAUAUACGUUUAUCUGAGUAACAUAUACUACAGACCGGAGGCGGAAAUACCAAUCGAUUAUCAAAUUACAACGACUGGUGAUUACGGAAGUAUUUACAAUGCUGUGCCGGAUUGGGUUUACGAGGAGGAAGUAUUUAGCUCGAACAAAGCACUUUGGUUUUCACCGAGUGGUAAAAAAAUGGCUUUUGGAUUUUUUAAUGAUACAAAAUCACAUUUGAUGACAAUACCGUAUUAUGGAUAUCCAGGAAGUUUAUCAUUUCAGUAUCCAUCAGCAAUACCAGUUCAUUAUCCAAAGAGUGGUACAGUUAAUCCAACAGUAAAAUUAUUUUACGUUGAUUUAGAAAUGGUAUCAUCAAGUCGUGGUAAUAAUAUAAGCCUAGUUGAAAUUCAACAUCCACCACAAUUAUCAGGUAAAGAAAGAAUUCUCGCUGCAGUUACAUUUCCAACUGAAAAUAUUAUAUCAGCAACAUGGAUGAAUAGAGUACAAAAUCAGGCAUAUUUUCAAUUAUAUAAUGUUGAAAAAUCAAGCUACAAUACAGCAUUAGAAUACAUUGAAAGAAAUGGCUGGGUUGAACAAUUUGAAGCACCACAUUUUAGCAAAGAUGGCAAUAAAUUUUUGUUAAUAUUACCACAAAAACAAUUGGAUCAUGAUCAUUGGUCUCACUUGGUUAUGGUGACAAACAUGAACAAUAAUUCAAGGACAAUUCGUGCAUUAACAAGUGGCACAUUUGUUGUCACUGAAAUAUCAGGAUGGGACGAAGAAAAUUCACUAGUAUACUAUUUGGCGACAGUAGCUGAUGAUCCAGCUCAACAACAUCUUUAUCGUGUUUCAACAUUGGAUGAAAAUUCAAAACCCGAGUGUCUCAGCUGUAAUGUAAAAAGUGAAAAUGGUGAAAAAUUAUGUUUAUACAAUGAGGCAAAACUAUCACCAUCAAGAAAUCGAUUUAUUUUAACAUGUGCUGGUCCUGAUGUUCCUGAUGUAUCAAUUUACAAUAGUGAUAAUUCAACAAAAUUGUUAACAUGGGAAAGUAAUUCAAGAGUUGCAAAUGUUAUUAAAGAAAAAUCAAGACCAAUUGUAAAAAGAUUUACAGUACGAGUACCUGGUGAUUUCGAUGCACAAGUACGUCUUUUAAUACCACCUGGUGCUGAUUUAACUGGAGCUAAAAAAUAUCCAAUGUUGGUUUAUGUAUAUGGAGGACCAGAUUCUUAUCAAGUUACUGAAAAGUUUAAUGUUGAUUGGGGUACUUAUUUAUCGACAAAUAAAAAUAUUAUUUAUGCUGCAAUUGAUGGACGUGGAUCUGGGCUCAAAGGAAAUGCAAUGCUUUUUUCUGGCUAUAGAAAUUUGGGAACUGUAGAAAUUUAUGAUCAAAUUAAUGUUACGAGAUACAUUCAAAUGAAUUACCCAUUUGUUGAUAAAGAAAAAACCGCAAUUUGGGGAUGGAGUUAUGGUGGAUACGCAACUGGUAUGAGUCUUGCAAUGGAUAAAGAAGGUGUAUUUAAAUGUGGAAUGUCAGUUGCACCAGUAACAGAUUGGGCACUUUAUGACUCGAUUUAUACAGAACGUUUUAUGGGCCUACCCACUGUCGCUGACAAUCUGGGUGGUUACGAGCAAGGACAACUUUUGAACAAAGUAGACAACAUUAAGUCUAAUAGCUACUAUCUUAUUCACGGAACCCUCGACGACAAUGUGCACUAUCAGCAGUCUCUACUACUUGCCAAGGUGCUCGAGCAAAAGGACAUUCUGUUCAGACAACAGACAUACACAGAUGAAGACCAUGGAAUUCUUCAAUCACGUGCUCAUCUUUAUCAUUCAAUGGAAAAUUUUUUAAAUGAUUGUCUGAUAAAAUCAUGAUUAUUAAAUAAUUAAGUAAAAAAUUUUUAAAGACAAACAAAAAAUUAUCUGAACAAAAAAAAUAAAUUUUAAAUCUCGAGUUGUCUGUAAAUAAGUGAAUUCGUGUACAUAGUCAAUGUACGAUAUUGUAAUAUGAGUGUUCAUGUAAAUAACAAUUCAGACUACAAAAAAAAAAUUUA